CAAUACUCUUGGAUGCCAACCUCCUUAAAAACCUCGGUUAGUCUUCCGGAAGCUCACACGAACAAGAAAGUACACGUGCAGAAAGAAGCAUGGCAGACAAAGUGGAGGAUGUUGCACUAGAUCGGGUGCAGGUGAAAAAAGCUGUAAAGGCAUUGCAGGCUUUCCUCAAGACCAAAUCCACGUCAGAAUCCCGGCUCCUUGAUGAGAGUCAACACAUCACUCUCCUCUUCACCCUGUGGAAGAUCCCCAAGAAAACCCAGACCAUCCGCAUCCCCUUACCACAUGGCUUUCGUACCGACACAGAUGAGGUGUGUCUUUUUACCAGAGAUGAACCUAACAUGACCCCUGACCAGACCCAAAGGUUCUACAAGAAGCUCCUGGCAGAGAAAGGGGUCAAGAACAUCACAGAGGUGAUCCCAUACAAGACACUGAAGACAGAGUACAAGCCCUUUGAGGCCAAACGACGAUUGCUGGGGAACUUUGACAUGUUCUUGUCAGAUGACCGCAUCCGCCGACUGCUGCCAUCACACAUUGGCAAGCACUUUUACGAGAGGAAGAAAGAGCCUCUUUCAGUGAACCUGCAGAGCAAGAAGCUGGCUUUGGAUAUUCAGAGAACCAUUCAGGGAACAUCCAUCUCCAUCUCUAACAAAGGCUGCUGCUGCAUGACUCGUGUGGGCCAUUCUGGAAUGACUGCAGAUGAAAUAUCAGAGAACAUUGAAUCAGCUGUUAGCACUGUUGUGAGCAAGCUGACUAUGAAAGGACCAUUGAUAAAGCUCGUCCACCUGAAGAGCCAGUCAUCAGUGGCUCUGCCCAUCUACAACUCAAAAUUGAGUCACCUGCAAAUGAUAGAGACCCAGAAACAGGCCAAGACAAAAUCAAGCCAACAAAAGUCUGAUAAGAAGGAACAGAUGUUAAAAGAGCAGAGUGAUGCUGCAGCCGAGAAGGAUGAAGAGAUUCCACAGCUGGUGCCCAUAGAAACGCCAAGCAAAAAGGCUAAACUGGAGAAGCCGACUAAGAAGAGACUUGAGAAGGCACCCAAACCCACGGGAGGAAAGAGUGUGAAGGAAAAGGCAAAACUACAGAGAAGGCUGCCCAAAACCUGAAGAGAAAUUCCUCAGUUUUGGUGUCGAAUUUUGUCCCUUCAGCUAAAUGACACCAACCUCUUCGUUCUGUCCUGGUUACUCUGUGCCUUUCUUCUGUCUGCAUGGAAUUCUGACUUCAUACUGAUUUAGGUGGUUAUGAAUAUGUGCAACUACCAACAUUUCAGUUUAAAAUCAUCCCUCAGACAUCACCAGAAUAUUUUCUAUGAGCUCCAUCAAAGGGGUUUGUUAAAUUCUUUGUAUAAGCCCAACUUGUAAAUUAAAAUUGUGCCCCAACUUAAAUUUC